AUGUAUGAAAUUUGGGAUGCUGAGAAUUCAAUGGUGAUGAUGUGGCUUGUGAACUCCAUGGAGGAAGAGAUCAGCCCGAACUACAUGUGCUUUUCUAUAGCAAAGGAAUUGUGGGAUGAAGUCACUGCCAUGUACUUUGAUUUGGGUAAUCAAUCCCAAAUCUACGAAUUUAACUUGAAGCUCGUUGAGAUUCGGCAAGGCAGCGACAUCGUCACCACAUACUUCAAUUCUUUGAAACGUAUAUGGCAGGAUCUGGAUAUCUUCAACACUUAUGAGUGGAAAAGUCCUGAUGAUUGCAAGCAUUAUUAA